AUGCGUUUCUUCUCCGUUGCCCUCGCCCUCGCGGCCCCUCUGGUUUCCGCCAUCGAGUUCACCAGCCCCUCGGCCAACUCCACCGUUGUCAAGGGCAAGAGCUAUGAGCUCUCGUGGAACACGGUCGACACGGACCCGUCGACCUUCAGCAUCUUCCUCGUCAACUUUGUCAACUGGCCUCCUUCCUAUGUCCUCCUGGCCCAGGACCUCGAGACCGCCGCCGGCUCUGCCUCCAUCGAUGUCCCCUGCUCCACCCUCAACUCUGACGGUUACCAAUUCAACGCCAUCAACGGCACCAACGUCUACGUGAUCUACGCGCAGACUCCCAAGUUCUCCGUCUCCGGAGCCGACUGCACCGAACCCACCACGCUGCCCCCGGCUUCGCCCUCCACCUGCGCGCCGCCGAGCACCGUCACUGUCACGGUGAGCAAGACCCUUUCCAAGAACUCCACCGCGACGGCGACGGGCGGUUUCUCGGCGGCCCAGAGCAGCUUCAUCACGACCUCCGCCGCCGUCCCGGCCACUACUCCCGAUUCCCCCCCAGUCUUCCAUGGCACUUGUCCUGACACCAUUGGCUGGGCCUCAGACUACCAUCACCCCGUAACUCUGACCAAGCCCCCUCACCACCCCGAGGCCACCGGCGCUCCGUACCCGACCGGCUCCUUCAGCGCCAAGCAUGACGAGGCGGCGACUACCAUCUACCGUACCACCUACCUGCCUUUGGAGUUGGCCCCGACUGGCGCUUGCAAGUGUUAG